CCGCCAUUCAUACAACCUCUCUCAUCAUCUCAUCACCGCAAGCACUAGAUCAUCGCCAGCCAUGACCUAGUCCUUCCUCCUCCGAUCUCCACGAAUCUGCAAUGCUUCUACAAAGGGCAGCAGUUGCGGUGAUCAGUAAGCGCGUGCACGCAUUGCCGGGCGCCAGCGCUCUCCUUCAUCGAGGUGGACUGCGUGUGGGAUAACGGCGUCUCGUGCGAACGGGCCUCCUUCAUUUCAUGUUCCCACGCUAGUAUCGAACCGCACUGGUGUGUCGGCUUCGCCUCGUGCUUCGCCUCCUGCUUCGCCUCGUGCUUCCGAUCGCGUCGAACGCCGCGCAAUGCCAGGGUCGGAGUGCGAGGAGUUAGUGCGCGCGAGUGAGUCGAGCGACGACGAGUACGGCGGCGACGACAGUUACGACGAGGGGGACGACAAUGACGGCGGCGGCGACGACGACGACGACGACGACGACGACGACGACUGGGACGAGCCUGAGGGCAGGUCGAGCCAGGAGGAAGGAGUGAAGGGCCGAGGGAAGCAGCGCAGCGGCAAGGCGGCGAGCAACGCGUCGUUGGACAAACGCGUCGGGCGAGGAGCAAGCGCCGUGAGGACCGCUGGUGGACGAGCGACGGGUGGCGCGAAGGCGGCAGGUGGAGCGGGAGGCGAUGGAGCGCGGCGGUCCGUGGCCGCCAUGAAGGCCGCCAACGUGGCGGCCGUCGUCCGGGGCGACGUGGAGGUGUGUCGCAAGGCGCUGCUGCCGCGGGUGCUGUCGGUGUCGCAGGACGCGGCGGUGGUGCGCCGCGCCUUCAAGUCGCCAUGCCCCGGCGCCACCACCAGCACCACCCCCGAGCUGCUCAGGCGCCUGGCGGCAAGCAGGCGCUUUGUGGCGUGGGGAGGGGGCGUGCACCGGCCGCCGCUGAGAGUGGUGCCUGCGGGCGACGAGGAGGGCGCGGCGGAGGACGACGCGGACGAGGGCAAGGCAGGCCAGGGCGACGACGGGGGGUCGGAGGCAGCAGCGGCAGCAGAGGCGGGGUUUGAGGCGCUGGUGCUGUGGGUGCCGGAGGAGGACCCGUUCCACGCGAGCGAGGCGUCGGAGCCCAUCCAGGUUGACCCCAUCCUCGCCAAGUGCCUGCGCGCCCACCAGCGGGAGGGCGUGCAGUUCAUGUUUGAGUGCGUGGCGGGGCUCAAGGACUACCACGAGGCGGGCGAUGACGACCGCGGCUGCUACGGCUGCAUCCUCGCAGAUGACAUGGGGCUGGGCAAGACCCUGCAGUCCAUCGCACUGCUGUGGACGCUGCUCAAGCAGGGCUUUGACGGGCCGGCAGGGCCGCCGCUGGUGCGGCGUGCGCUCAUAGUGACGCCCACCAGCCUCGUCAGCAACUGGGCAGCUGAGCUCGACAAGUGGCUGGGUGGGCGCGUGCGGUGCGUGGCGCUGUGCGAGGCGAGCCGUGCGGAGGCCAUGGCGGGCAUCAAGCAGUUCCUGGCGCCCAGAGCCGCGCACCAUGUGCUGAUCGUGUCAUACGAGACCUUUCGGCUGCACGCCACGGCGUUCCACAGCGAGGGCGCGUGCGACCUGGUGAUCUGCGACGAGGCACACCGCCUCAAGAACGACCGCACCCUCACCAACCAGGCUCUAGCCGGGCUCCCCUGCAGGCGGCGAGUGCUGCUCUCCGGCACUCCCAUGCAGAACGACCUGGAGGAGUUCUACGCCAUGGUGUCGUUCACCAACCCGGGCGUGCUCAGCGACGCCACCCACUUCCGACGCCACUUCCAGGCACCUAUUCUGGCGGGGCGGGAGCCGCAGGCGUCGGAGGAGGAGAGGGCGCUGGGGAAUGAGCGGUCCGCAGAGCUCAGCGAGAAAGUCAACCAGUUCAUUCUUCGGCGCACCAACGCUCUUCUCUCCAACCACCUGCCUCCCAAGAUAGUGGAGAUUGUGUGCUGCCGCAUGACAGAGCUGCAGCGACAGCUGUACCAACGAUUCAUCCACUCCAAGAAUGUGCGCAUGGCGCUGGAGGACGGGAGGAAGGCGAGAGUGCUGGCGUCCAUCACCGCGCUCAAGAAGCUCUGCAACCACCCCAAGCUAAUCUACGACUCCAUUCGGGCGGGCGGGGCGGAGGCAGCUGGCUUUGAGGACGCUCUUGACCUCUUCCCCCCAACCAUGUUCAACGACAGGAGCGGCGGGUGGACGGGUGGCGGGGGCGCGUGGGUGCAGCUGUCGGGAAAGAUGGUGGUGCUGGCGCGCCUGCUGGCGCACCUGCGCUGCCGCACCACCGACCGCAUCGUGCUCGUCUCCAACUACACCCAGACGCUGGACCUGUUUGCGCUGCUGUGCCGGGAGCACGGGUACCCGUUUGUGCGCCUGGAUGGAGGCACCUCUGUGGGCAAGAGGCAGAAACUCGUGCAGCGAUUCAACGACCCCCAUGCUGACGAGUUUGUGUUUCUGCUGAGCAGCAAGGCGGGGGGGUGCGGGCUGAACCUCAUAGGCGGCAACCGCCUUGUGCUCUUCGACCCCGACUGGAACCCCGCCAACGACAAGCAGGCUGCGGCGCGAGUGUGGCGAGAUGGGCAGAAGAAGAGGGUCUUUGUGUACCGCUUCCUGGCAACCGGCACCAUCGAGGAGAAGGUGUACCAGAGGCAGAUAGCCAAGGAGGGGCUGCAGCAGGUGGUGGACAGCGAGAAGCACAGCGAUGCGCGCGCGCAGGUGAACCUGCUGUCGUCAGAGGACCUGAGGGACCUCUUCAUUCUGCGCUCCACCACUCUCUCCGACACUCACGACUCCCUGGGGUGCCACCGCUGCUGCCCGCCCCAGCAGUUGCAGGCAGCAGGCCGGGCGGGCCGCCGCAUGGGGGGGCAGCAGAGGGGCGGGGAAGGGGAGGCGGGGGAGGCGGCAGAGGGCGGGGGGGAGGGAGGAGAGGGCGAGAGGCGAGGGGGAGGGUUGCUGGAGGAGUUGGCAGCGGUGGCUGCUGCAGAGGGAGAGGGGGUGGAAGCAGUGAGGGAGGAGGGGUCCGGUGGAAUGGACAGGAGGAGUGGGGAGGACCAGCAGGCAGAGGGGAGUGGGGAGGAGGAUGCACUGGCAGGGGGGGAUGGCAGUGGGAGGUGCAAGAGCGGGGCUGAGAGCAACAGUGACAUCGGCGGCUUCGCCCUGGUGGCGGGCGUGGCGGGGAAACUGAAGGAGUGCGAGAAACAGGUGGGCAGUCCACUGGAGGAGCACCUUGACCUGUGGGCGCAUCACAGCCGUCCAUCCUCAACUGUCCCCGACAUUGCCUUGCAAAAGGCCGCCUCGCUCGAUGUGACCUUUGUGUUCUCCUGCCAGAUCCACGGCCACCUCACCCCCAUCGACUCCGCUCUGCCCCUCUCCGCCCGCCCCCCUCGCGUCCUCGCGUCUCGCCUGCACUCCAGGCUGCCCCUCCGCCCUGCUGCUGCUUCGCGCGGUGGGAUGGCUGCAGCAGGCAGGCUGGGAGGAGGGGUGGUGGCAGUACAGGGAAGAUUUGGCAUGAGGGGCCGAGGGUGGGGCUUGGGAGGCAGGCAGCUGGGGGAGCAGCGUAGGGGGGUUUGUGAAAUGAUGGACGCAGGGGCAGUGGGAAGAGGAAGAGGAGGCAGUGAAGCAUUGAGAGUUGGGCGCAGUUGUGCAGAUGAGAAUGGUGCAGAGGUGAAGGAGCAGGGUUCAGAUAUGCAGGUAGGCAGUGAACGAGAGGGUAAGUCCAGCGCCACUCAAACCCAUGAGACUGGACUCAGUGCUAUUAGAAAGCCACGCACAACGAGCAGGCGGCAAAAGAAGUUGGCUGUGUCUCCACCAAACGUAUUUGAGGUUGAUAAUGCCAAGAGAAGGAAGAUAGAUAGUGAUGAUGAGAUUGUAGUUAUUGAAAGUGCUAGUGUUAGUGAUGGGAGCGAGGGCUUGUCAUGAUAAUAUGUUAUCGUAAUUUCUUCAUGCGC